AUGGUAAUUCAUGUGGAUUUAAUUGAAUGGAAUGCUAACAUUGAGAGGACGAAGAGCACAGUGGAUGAGGAUUCACCAUCAACUCUCAAUGCAUCUGAUAACAUUGAUGACACACAGUUGUGCAACGUGGACAACAGAUCUAUUAGUCAGUAUGAAACACGCGUUAGAGCUAGAGAAAGAGUUGACAGUAGUGGCAGAACUGGGAGAUGCCACUACAACUACUACAACAAGACUCUAUAUAAGACUGACAGUCGACUUUUACGCAACGAAAUUAAUUUCCUGAAAGUCGACAACAGGAACAACAACAACGUCACUGUGGAGGUUGAAGAGGAAAUCCUUCAGAGGACCUUCAAACACAGUGUGUCCGUUGGUGACCUUACCACAAAACCGUCAUCAUCAUCACCGUCACUAUCAUCAUUACCAUCACUACCACCACCGUUGUCCCUAUCAUCGUUGGUUAUGAACAACGCCACUCUUGGAAGAAUGAAGAGCACUGCACCAUACCCAUCAGCCUCUUCUUCACACUUGAACAUUAGCAGUCCUGGCCAUCCGCUCAUGCUGAAACAUUCCGUCCAACCGAAAGUUUUUGCUGAUGAUGGUACUGUUGAUGAUGAUGGAGCUGCUACUGAUGAGGAAAAUAGUGGUUCAUCUGCAUCUCCGUCCUCUGUGAAGACGUUGAAAUAUCAGGACAAUACCGACCAUGAUAAUGAUGGUGGUGCCGGUAGGGCUGCAACGGAUAUACGACAACUUUCAUCGUCCACACUUUCUUUGGUGCAUUCGGACGGGGAGGUGGCUGUUGGUGGGAGCAGGAGUGCACCGGGCAUCGAGUCCAGCAGUCAUUUUUUCGAUAUUGGGUUCAUAGUCAAUGAUGGAGGCGAGACUCCAGAGAAUCUUACGCCAACUGCUGACCAUCAUAAUCGUAGACGGAUCCCGAGUAAGGUUGAUGAGGAGAAAGAAGAAUAUUUCGACGUGUAUGAGAAGAUGCACAAGCAGCGAUUAAAAGAGGCAUCGAAAAUUAAGAAGACUCUUGACGUCAGCCCAGCAGCAGAUGUCAAUCCUUCUACGCUCGAGCAUUUCUGCGAUUUCCAUGCUGCGGCCAUUAUAAGCGGUGGGCCUAGCCUUUUGCUCAAAAGCACGCAAGGCAGCGUGGAUGCAGUUUUAUGUCAUGCCCAGGACUAA